AUAACGAGCUCCAUCGAUGAUGCUGCGCUCGACUCAUCUGGUCUGAAUUGACAUUCAUAGAACGAGACGAAGAAGAAGAAGCAGAGCACAGAGCUAAACACAUAGAGGGGCUUUAUUACUGGAUUACCACAAACUGUAUUGAAUAUUUAAGUAUAUAUUAUAAUUAAUCCCAGCCAUGGAGUUGUCUGAAAUACUGUACAACAAAGCAGAGUACAUUGAAACGGCUUCUGGCAACAAAGUGAGCAGACAGUCAGUGCUGUGUGGGAGUCAGAACAUUGUGCUCAAUGGCAAAACUAUUGUGAUGAAUGACUGCAUCAUCAGAGGAGACCUGGCUAACGUCAGGGUGGGCAGACACUGUGUGGUGAAGAGCCGGAGUGUCAUUCGACCACCAUUCAAGAAGUUCAGCAAAGGGGUGGCGUUCUUCCCGCUGCACAUCGGAGACCACGUCUUCAUCGAGGAGGACUGUGUGGUCAACGCAGCACAGAUAGGUUCCUACGUCCACAUUGGCAAGAACUGUGUCAUAGGUCGCCGCUGUGUGCUGAAGGACUGCUGCAAGAUCUUAGACAACACCGUGCUCCCUCCUGAGACCGUGGUGCCGCCUUUCACCGUCUUCUCUGGAUGCCCAGGUCUAUUUUCUGCAGAGCUCCCAGAAUGCACGCAGGACCUCAUGAUUGAUGUAACCAAGAGUUAUUACCAGAAGUUCCUGCCUCUCAGCCAGAUCUGAGACCUGUUCUCAAAACCAUCAGAAGGACCCAAACCCUUUCCAGCCAGUAACAGGUCAGGGUCGGGGUCUCUCACAAGAAAUGGACUCUGAGAGCUCACCUUCUGUCCUUCACCUCACAAAGGCCCUGAGUUUCUCUGCCCAAGGACAAAUAUUUUGUCCUUUUAAGAACAUUUACAUGAUUUUACAGUAAUUUAUAGCUGCAGAAGGCAACUGUGUAUGUUGUCUGCAGCUCCAAAUUGCAGCGAGAGUCUUGAAAAGUCUUUAAUAAACUGCACACGGCUCACUCACGUUAACCAUCGAGAAGCUCAAAGACCUCGGUGUGGCUGAUGAUAAACACAAACUCCGCUCUCUGGCAGCGGCUGUAGCUGAAGGUGAGAAAGGGGAGGAGCUUUGUUAGGAAGGAGGCGAAGGGUGCAGGUGUAUGAACACAGCUUGUAAUAUACUGUACGAAACCCGUGGACCAAAACAAUAGAAACAACAGUUAUGAUUGAGGACGUUGGCUGUACAUGUGCGUCAUUUGUGUCCACAUUUCAUUAAGGAAACAGAGCAGUACAGUUAAAUCAGCAAUUAGUGAAAUGUUUCCUGUUUUACUCUGUAAUUUUAUUUCUAAUAUUGAAGAACUUGUUUUCUUUCUCCUUAACUAGCUAAUUGAAGUUAUCAUAGAACUUAUUUAAUACUAAUAAUAAUACUAAUAAUAUUUAGAUUUCUUUAUGUUUCAAUUGAUCAACUGCGAUGUUAGUUUGAUUAUGCUGGUGUGCAGGACCGCCCCGUUUUGCCUUUUUGUCAUUUUCUAUGAGCAUACAAUGCCCAAAUCCAACACCUAAAACAGUGCAGCAAUUAAAUAAAUAUAAAUGCUUGAAAAAACGACUUAUGUGGACUCGAUUCUGUCAUCGCUUAUUCUUUUAAAGUGCUAGUUGUUUUGUU